UCUUGCUGCUUUUCGGGGGAAAAUCGGAGUCGCGGGUUAGCUAUCGAGGCGAGGCGAGGCGUUUCUCCCCCGAAAUGGCUUCGAGUUUCGAUCGAUGGGAGAAGGAUCCUUUCUUCUCCGCCGCCGAGGAAGUCCAGGAAUCGGCCGACAGGAUGCAAUCGACGUAUAGAACAUGGAUCCACGCGAAGAAGGACGCUUCGGUCACGUGGAAUCUGGAGGAACUCCGGCGGGAUCUCCAUACUGCUUUAGGCACUACCCAUUGGCAGCUGGAGGAGUUUGAACGAGCGGUGCAGUCGAGUUACGUCAAUAGUUCAACUGAUGAUUCGAGGGACAGACACCGUGAUUUCAUUGUUGCCAUCAAUGAGCAGAUUUCGAAGAUUAAUAACUCAUUGCAGGAGUCAGCGCUCUUAGAUGGCGAGCCAGCGCCGUCUUGGGUGCGUUUGGACGAGCGAGAGCGCAAUGAAUUUGCAUCGUUCCUUUCUGGUUCAUCGGCAUUUGAUGCGGCAGGCGCUGAGUCGGACCAUGUUAUGGAUGAUGAAGACCAUAAAGAGUCGCAGAAAGAGUCCACGCCUGAGUGUUCGAAGAAUUCAUGCCAGUCAACUGAGUGGAGUUCAAUGGAUGCCAGGGAGGAUAAGUCAUAUGGGCAUAGAAGAACAGCCAGUGCGAGUGCUGACAUCAGUGCUUGGAAAAUUGCUAUAGCUGGAGAAGCCUACCCGCAGAGUUCCUCCAAUGGGCAUUCUGUGGUACCUCCCCGCAAGGUACCUAGCGUUUCAGGGUUCCUAAAUUCCAUGGGCUCUGUCUCCAAGUUGAAGUGGUCUAAAAAUGGCUUUAGGAAGUGGAAAGCGGAUUCUCAUCAAGAAGAUGAUACUGCAUUAUUGGGACCGGCUCAGCUAGAGAGAGGCGUACAUGCAUGCUAUGAACGGAGUAAGAGUUGCCUGGAUAACUGUGAUGACUGUUAUGAAAAGCAACUUUAUGGAUGGUACGGAGCUAUCCAAAGGCAGCUUCAGAGGUCUCAGUAUCAGAUGCAAUACAGUCGGCCUGUAAAAUUGGCCUUUUCAGCCAUUCUUAUUCUCUGCUUGAUUGUUUUACUCGCUUUGUGUGCAAUCUAAGGUGGAGGCCUAAUUAUGGUUGAGUUUCCUUAUAUCGGCAUGAACUUCCAUGUUAGAAUGGUCAGGAUGAGUUGCGGAUUAUUUAUGUCAGCACGGGAGCAAGAGACAAAGAACUUUGUUUCUUAGGUCUUCCAUUUCCUUCCAAGUGGAUAAUUAUGUCCCACCUGACAAGGAUCGAGUCCUUGAUUGCGCAUUAGACACCCUUUGCAGAUUUUUGAAGUUUUUGCCACGGAGAAUGUAAAUUCUAAUAGAGUACCAGGAUGUUACGAUUAGAAAAAUGUUGUAUCCCAGGAUAUUGUGGCACUCUGACUUGAGACCGUGUAUCCUGUUGUUUCUUAUUCUCUGGGUCGAUUGUAUGGCCGUCUUUUCACUGUAAUCUGUACAGCAAUGUAAUGUUAUCAUUUUAGCCA